GGAGGGGGGGCGGCCAGAGCGACGUGUCGUCACGCAAGAGCCAUGGCCGCCCUGCGCGCCCUGCAGCCCAGCGUCCGCGCCCUGCUGGGCACUUGGCCCGGCUGCCCCGCGCCGCGCUCCUUCGCCUCGAGCGCAGCCUUUGAAUACAUCAUCACAGCCAAGAAGGGGAAGAACAGCAACGUGGGGUUGGUCCAGCUGAACCGCCCCAAGGCACUCAACGCGCUCUGCGAUGGCCUGAUCGAGGAGCUCAACCAGGCGCUGCAGGCCUUCGAGGAGGACCCGGCUGUGGGGGCCAUCGUCCUCACGGGCGGGGAGAAGGCGUUUGCAGCUGGAGCCGACAUCAAGGAAAUGCAGAAUCUAACGUUCCAGGACUGUUACUCCAGCAAGUUCUUGAGCCACUGGGACCGACUCACUUGGGUCAAGAAGCCAGUCAUAGCUGCUGUCAACGGCUACGCCCUCGGUGGUGGCUGUGAACUUGCUAUGAUGUGUGACAUCAUUUAUGCUGGAGAGAAAGCCCAGUUUGGGCAGCCAGAGAUCCUCAUAGGAACCAUCCCAGGUGCAGGGGGCACCCAGAGACUGACCCGUGCCGUCGGAAAGUCACUGGCCAUGGAGAUGGUCCUCACUGGUGACCGGAUCUCAGCCCAGGAGGCCAAGCAAGCAGGUCUUGUAAGCAAAAUUUUUCCUGUUGAGACACUGGUGGAAGAAGCUGUAAAGUGUGCAGAAAAAAUUGCCAGCAACUCUAAAAUUGUAACAGCGAUGGCCAAAGAAUCAGUGAAUGCAGCUUUUGAAAUGACAUUAACAGAGGGCAUUAAGUUGGAGAAGAAACUCUUCUAUUCAACUUUUGCUACCGAAGACCGGAAAGAAGGGAUGUCCGCGUUCGUGGAGAAGAGAAAGGCCAACUUCAAAGACCAGUGAGAGCUGGCUGCCUCAGCCCCUCGAGUUAAAGAGGAAAAUCACGGCCUGGCAGCUUCACAAGCAAAUAAACCCUUCGCUUUCAAA